CGGUCAUUGACUAAUCCGUCCACGCCAUUGAUGCUCCAAGCAUCCAAGCAAGGCUCCUACUAGUUUAAUUGCGUUAAUGCCCAGUCCGCCAGUCGUGGACGCGUAAGUCGUAACGACCGGCAGCUUCACCUCAAGAAGGUCGCCAUGGAUGAGGCAGAGGGAUAGGUUGCGUGAGCAAGCAACGGAGAAUCGUCGAUGGUGGUGGUGCUGCUCGCCGUGCCGGCCGCGGUGACCGCGGCCGGCGGGUUCGUGCACGCGUUCCACUUCUCGAUCCUGCUGUGGCCGUUCAACCUCGUGCUGCCGCACUCGCAGCUGCGCCAUCUGCGGCGCGUCUGCGCCACGCUCCGGAGCGCGGGGGCUCACUACGACGCCGAGCUGCGCGCUUAUCUCACCGCCCGGCCCCGCCGGAGAGUGCCAGCACAGCCGCUGCAGCCGCUCGGCGGCUUUUAGAGACGGCCGGGGGAGCUGGGAGCAGCUCGUCUCGCCCGCCAUGCUAGCCCUCAUCUACAUCUCCUACUGAUGUGUUGCCAAGGUUCUUGCGCGCUGGAGCUGCUUCAUUCUGGCGGUGCUCGUCUUGGAUAGAUUCAUACAUUUGCUACAGAAUUUUCUUUCGAAUUUGCACAUGUAUACACAUGGUGACAUGGGUCUUUCGUUA